CGAGCCUUUUCACUUGGGGACAACUAUCAUGACGGAAACAGAAUCUACAGCGACAUUCGAAUCGCUUGGACUCAGUAAACCCCUCCUCGAUGCUGUCGAAAAACUCGGAUACAAGGAACCUACCCAAAUACAGCAGCAGUGCAUACCUCCUGCCCUUGAGGGGAGAGACAUCAUCGGUCUUGCUCCCACUGGUUCUGGUAAAACAGCUGCGUUUGCCAUUCCAAUCCUACAGAAACUCUGGGAUGCACCCCAAGGUCUUUUUGCAUGCAUACUAUCCCCCACACAUGAAUUAGCGCAUCAAAUUGCAACUCAAUUUGAAGCUCUUGGGGCCGGUAUGGGUGUCCGGUGCGCUGUUAUCGUCGGUGGAGAUAUGGACCGAGUUGCACAGGCUGUGGCGCUUGCCAAACGACCUCAUAUUCUUGUUGCCACUCCUGGCCGGAUUGCAGACCAUCUCAGAAACACAAAAGGGUUUAGUUUGCGUGCUAUCAAGUUCUUGGUCCUUGAUGAAGCUGAUCGGUUAUUAGAUCUAGACUUUGGUACACAUUUGGAUGAUGUACUCAAAGCUAUGCCAAAGCAACGAACAACAUACCUCUUUUCCGCGACAAUGACAACCAAAGUCUCGAAGUUACAGCGCGCCAGUCUAACAAACCCAGAGCGUAUAGAGACUGCGUCAUCACAUCACACGGUCCCCACCCUUCUACAAUACUACGUACUUUAUCCCCUCAUUCAUAAGGAGGCACUACUUGUUUAUCUAGUAAAUUCGUUGUUGAGCAACUCAAUGAUUGUCUUCGUGCGCACCGUCCACGACGCAAAGCGUCUCAGCAUCAUUCUACGCACGCUUAACUUCGAUGCGGUCCCUCUUCACGGUGAUCUUACCCGAAGUCAACGUAUGGGGGCUUUAGCGAAAUUUCGCAGCGGUGAUAAAAAGAUUUUGGUAGCGACAGAUGUCGCAAGUCGUGGUCUGGAUAUUCCACUCGUGGAUCUCGUCAUCAACUUCGACGUGCCUGGACAUUCUAAGGAUUACAUUCAUCGUGUCGGGCGAACAGCACGUGCAGGUCGUGCCGGAAAAGCUAUCCUGAUCGUCACUCAGUACGACGUCGAACUACUGCAGCGGCUGGAAUGUGUGUUGGAGAAAAAACUUGAAGAAUGGCCUACAGACAAGGAGGAUGUAAUCGCUAUGCACUCUACCGUCGAUGAAGCAGGACGAGUCGCGGCAAACGAAUUGAGAGAAACUGGGAAGCAGCAGAAGAGUCACAAACGUAAGCGACAGGCUGGGGAGACUGAUGAUCAGGGCAUUGAAGAGGUUUCACUCCUUCGUGGUUCGACUCGGGCGCGACGUGACAAGAGUCAUCAUUGACAUACUUUUAUGUUACAGUGAGAUCCCUUGUUUCACUCUUCCAUGCUAUGAACACCUUGUUGGCUUAUUCUAAACUAGCACACUGUAUUAACGACAUGCAACGUUCAUCCUUGCACUACAAUCAUCCCAGGGAACAUCUGAACCUG